GAACCGUUCUGCAUCCGUCUCGCCUCCUCUCUGGUAUAUCGUCCAUGGUUUCGUCCCGGCAGAUCAGGAGACUUUGGCUCCGACCGGAGGAACAGCACCAGACUGUAUGGUGGAGAAGAACCGUUCUCUAAUUUUUAGUUUUUUCUGCGGACCGGCUGUAUGAUUAAGCUACAAUCUUCAAUGAGUAAGCAUAUCCCACAGUUCUGUGGUGUUCUGGGUCACACAUUUAUGGAGUUUCUGAAGGGCAGUGGGGACUACUGCCAGGCUCAGCACGCUGCCUAUGCAGACGAGUGAACAGCCAAACUCGCCAUCGAUCCGACGCACUUGAGCCACAGGAGGGACCCCGGGAAGUUGGCAGGACCGGGACGCCUCCCAGAACCAGCGAUAACUCGGCCUGGAUGGGGUAACUCCACCCGCUGCACACUGCCCUCGUCGGCUUCCGCCUGGCCAGAAUCAAGGUGGAACCAGCCUUGUUUUUUUUUUCUUCCUUUUCCUUUGUUUUAUCCCGAAGGAGAGGGUUUUGAGUUACUUUUCUAAUUGUCCGCCCUUUUUCGGCUGCCAAACUCCCCAAAUUUGCCUGUCCUUUUUUCGUUUUUGUUUUCAAGCCUUGCCAACCUCGAAGAAGACCGGAGGAUUUUUGUUUCUCAGAGCUUGUUGGACAUUUUGUGUUUGACAUUCCCUCCGAGUUUAACUAAGUGUUUACAUUCGUGUUUCUACUGCUCUGUGGAAGACAUUUUGGGUUUUGUUAGUUUUCUUUACAUCAUCACAAUGGCUCGUAUGAACAGACCAGCCCCUGUGGAGAUCACCUACAAAAACAUGAGAUUCCUCAUUACCCACAAUCCCACCAACGCCACCCUGAACAAGUUCAUCGAGGAGCUAAAGAAAUAUGGAGUCACCACGGUUGUGAGAGUUUGUGAGGCCACCUAUGAUGCCACCCUGGUGGUGAAAGAAGGAAUCCAGGUUCUGGAUUGGCCGUUUGAUGACGGAGCUCCUCCCUCCAACCAGAUCGUGGAUGAUUGGCUGAACCUCCUGAAGCUGAAGUUCAGGGAGGAGCCCGGCUGCUGCAUCGCUGUCCACUGUGUGGCAGGACUGGGGAGAGCUCCUGUUCUGGUGGCGCUCGCCUUGAUAGAAUGUGGGAUGAAAUAUGAAGAUGCUGUCCAGUUCAUUCGACAGAAGCGUCGAGGAGCGUUCAACAGCAAACAGCUGUUCUACCUGGAGAAAUAUCGUCCAAAGAUGCGCCUGCGCUUCAAAGAUUCCAACGGCCAUCGCAAUAACUGCUGCAUCCAGUAGAGCCAAACCCUGAGCCACGCCAACCCUCACUACAGAAGACUUCACUUCAAACUUGCUAGCUUCUUACCUGGCAGGCUUGUUUUCUUCCUUUUUUCUUCAUUGUGUUGAAGUAUUUUACUUUGAAAGAUCAUGCUCGGUUAUCCAACUGUCUCCCCUUCCCUCUCCAGGUUCAAAAUCAAACGUCAAAAAAUGAAAAACAAGAGUUGUGUGAGCUGAAUUUUCUCUUCACGUGCCCAAAAAAAAGUUAAAAAAAAAAAAAUUGGAAGGGCAGCGCUCAGUCAUGUAUCGUUGUAAGAUGUUGGAUUAGCUGUUUUUUGCAAAUGCAUCCCAAAGAUUAUGAUUGGCCAGUGCAUUUACAUCGCCUGAGAAUGUGUCUAAAUUUAUUUUUCUUAUUUUCAUGUGAGCAAUUCUAUGUACCCCGUUCAAUUUUAGGGUUCAGUUUCAGUACUGACUAGAAAGAGGUAUGCCUUCCUUCAAAUCAGAUGGAUCAUCCAUAAAUGCCUUACAAUCGAAGUGGAACAAAGGCAAUCGAGGCGGGAGUCGACUCCCGCUGGCAUUUGGAAAAGGUGUUUCAUUUUUCUACUUGGAACAAAAAUAAAACUGUUGCCUUUGUCUUGUGCAGGAAGUCUUACACACACUUAUGCCCUUUCAGUAACUAUUUUUAAUAUAAAUGCUUAAUUGUUGCAAUAUUUGUCAUACUUGUCAAUUGAAAGUCUAGAAACUCGUAUUUUUUCUUUACUCUAUCAAACCUUAUGUUUACUAAUUAACUGCCAUGUUCCAAAAUGUGAUCUUCGGUCUUUUUUUCAUUUUUUUCUUUUUUUCUUUUUUUUUUUUUUUGCUUCAAACUGGACUUCCAACGUCUGCGAUAUUUUGUAUGCCUUUUUAUUUGAUGUCCGUAACUUAAGACUUGGAUACUUGAUGAUUUUAUGUAUUUGAAAAUGUGUACUAUUAUUAUUAGGUUGGCUAUUUAUACUAUCAAUGGAUGUGUGAUUUAGUACAGUGAGCGACAAAGUUGUACCUGUUCACCAACUUGUGAGAGUACAUUAAAUGAUACACUGAAAAACAACA